AUGAGUGGUAGCGGCAAAGGUUUAGGCUUCGCCGGAUUUACUAUGCCUAAGCGCAAUCCAUCAACUGUUUCUUUGCAUGCUGUUCCGCCCCCCACAGCGUCUUUGAACAAUGUUCCACCCCCAUCAUCGGGGCUUUCUAAGCAAGGCUACUCGACUAUGAAUGCAAUCACUCAAAAUGCUAUGACAGGAAAUUUUGGUACCCUAGGAAAGAAACGCGCAAAAACAGAGGAUGAAUAUUUUGAUGAUGAUGAUGAACCCCCAACACCUGCUCUAGCUUAUAUCCCAGCUCCAGGAAGUCCUACCAAUGAUAUGGCUAAAGAGAAUAAUGAUGAAGUAGAUCCAUUGGAUGCUUACAUGGCUGGCUUAGAACAACAAGCAGCUAAGGAUUUGAUGACCAGUAAAGAGAAUGAGGCAACAGGCAAGGGAGAUGUUGCAAGAGGAACAAGGGGAGAUAUAGAUGAUAUGGAUGAUGAAGAAAGCUACUACAAAUAUAUGGAAGACAAUCCGCUAACAGCAGCUGAUGAUGGUUCAGAUGUAGAAAUUGAAUAUGACGAGGAUGGUAACCCUAUUCCACCUCCAAAGAAGAAGUUUAUAGAUCCUCUUCCACCAAUAGAUCAUUCUGAAAUUCGGUAUGAGACGUUUGAAAAGAAUUUCUAUACACCACAUGAAGAUAUUGAGAAAUUAACCAAUGAACAGGUUGAGGAAUUGAAAAAUAAUUUAGGUGUCAAGAUUUCAGGGCCUGAGCCGCCAAGACCAGUGAGCAGUUUUGCACAUUUGGGUUUCGAUGAGCAACUUAUGAAAGCGAUUCGUCGCUCAGAAUAUUCUCAGCCCACUCCCAUACAAGCUGCUGGAGUACCAGCCGCACUUGCCGGCCGAGAUCUUAUAGGUAUUGCGCGUACUGGUUCAGGAAAAACUGCAGCGUUUCUUUGGCCGUUAUUGGUACAUAUUAUGGAUCAGAAAGAGUUGGCACCUGGGGAUGGGCCAAUUGGGCUUAUCUUGGCACCCACUCGAGAGUUGGCUCAACAGAUAUAUAUGGAGGCGAAACGAUUUGGAAAAGUAUACAACAUACGAUGUGUAUGUUGUUACGGUGGUGGAUCGAAAUGGGAACAAACCAAAGCUUUAGAAGGUGGUGCUGAAAUAAUUGUGGGUACGCCGGGGAGAGUUAUUGAUUUAGUUAAAUGUAAAGCAACGGAUUUGGGUCGAGUUACAUAUCUGGUCCUCGAUGAAGCUGACAGAAUGUUUGAUAUGGGAUUUGAACCACAAGUCCGUUCGAUAUGCAACCACGUGCGGCCAGAGAGGCAGGCGUUAUUGUUCUCUGCGACGUUUCCACGGCGAGUUGAGAAGUUGGCUCGAGACGCGUUACACGAUCCCGUUCGAGUGCAACACGGCGCCGCGGGUGAGGCCUGCCAUCUUGUCACGCAACAUGUCCGCAUAUUCCAUAGGCCAGAGGAGAAAUGGCCUUGGUUACUUCAAAAUCUUGUUGAAUUUUUAUCAGCUGGCAGUGUUUUGAUAUUUGUCACGAAAAAGUUAGAUGCAGAACAGACAGCGGCAAAUCUUGGCGUGCAACAGUAUGAUGCGUUAUUGCUGCACGGAGAUAUGGACCAAGCGGAUAGGAAUAAGGUCAUCACGGCGUUUAAACGCCAAGAACAAAAUAUUCUAGUCGCCACCGAUGUUGCUGCUCGUGGUUUGGACAUCCCACACAUUCGUACAGUGAUAAAUUACACGGUAGCGAGGGACAUAGACACGCACACGCACCGUGUGGGACGAACUGGACGUGCGGGUGUACGCGGAGAUGCGUACACGCUACUGGCGAAGCAGACUGAUAAAGAGUUUGCGGGACAUUUGUUGCGGAAUUUGGAAGGAGCACAGCAGGAAGUUCCAGAAGAGUUAACACAAUUAGCGAUGCAGUCAGCGUGGUUCAGAAAAUCCCGCUUCAAGAAGGGAAAGGGAAAGAAUUUGAAUAUAGGUGGCUGUGGAUUGGGGUACAAGGAAAGGCCUGGCCUACCAAAUGUCAGCGAGGAGUCCGUAGUGAGCGUCCCAGCCGGCGGCCCAGCCACAGAUCGCCUCGCCUCCCUCAAACAGGCCUUCCGAUCGCAGUAUAAUAAAUUCACAGCAUCAACAGACCACUCGUGGGAGCAAACGCGUCCCGUGCUCCAACCCGGGGUGAAUGCCCCUGCCGCACAAGAAGAGAAGAGAGUGAGAAAGGGUGGGAAGAAGAGCCGCUGGGAAUGA